AUGGUGUCCGCGUUAUUUUGUCAGCCAAUUGUUUUGAUCGUGGGCUCCGAGGAGUCGACGCUGCUCGACCAAUAUUGGAUUGACGGCAAGAGCAUCCAUGCGUUGGCACCGCACUCUUUGGGGCGGUGUUGGGAAGACGGAGAAGGUGUUGGUCAGCGACGCGCUUCCUGGACAUGCGUGGUGUGCGUCACAUCUCUCGGGGCGUUCACGGUCCGUGUCCUUGCUGAGUUCUUCCAGAUUUGGCAUAAGCUGCGGCAUGUGCAGCUCGUCCCCGGAAUUCCGGACGUCUUCCGUUGGCGCCUCACGGCGGAUGAAAAGAUAUUUAAACACUUGAAUGAGAACUGCAAGGAGGAACUUGAGGCAAUAAAUAAGCAGUAUCCAUUUGAACCUCUGAAGUAUCUGGAUCAAACCUUGGAGCUCACUUAUGAGGAAGGAAUUCAAAUGUUGAAGGAUGCUGGAACAGCAACGACUCCUAUGGAUGACCUCAAUACUGAUGCUGAGAAAAAGCUUGGUCAACUUGUCAAGGAAAAGUAUGGCACGGAUUUCUUCAUUCUCUAUGGAUAUCCUUUGGCUGUCCGUCCAUUCUACACCAUGCCUUGUUAUGACAACCCAGCUUACAGCAAUUCUUUUGAUGUCUUCAUUCGAGGUCUGCUUACCACAUACUAG